AUGAUUCAACUUCUACUUCUCCUAACUCUAUUCCCCCUUAUUCUCUCCAUCGAAAAUUCAGAAUCCCUCAAUCUCUUCACAAAAAUCGAUCAAACCGCUGAAUACGGUAAUCGUCUGGAUUUCUACAAAUCCGUCGAUCAAAAAUUCGUCUUCAAUGAUUGUGGAAUGUUGCUGAAUCGUGAUCAAUUUUUCGAAUUUCUCACAAUCAACAAAGGGAAAAUGGAUCGAAAGUUGGAAAGUGUUGAGAAAACUCACACCGGUUUCAAGAUCAAAGUUCAAGAGUUCGGAAAUAACACGGUGGUUUAUAAUACGUUUCGGGAUAAAUCGAAGGCUUUAAUUGUGAUGAGUGGAGUUAUGCUAUGUUCAAUUUGA